AUGUCGCUGCUAUGCCGUGCAGCACGACCGGCGAAACGACGGAGCCUCCCGUCUCUCCUCCCCACAGCCAUCUCUCCGAAACUUGAUCACCUCUCAACGACCUCGCAACGGGCGCGGACGGGCCUCGGGGGCAUUGGGUGUGCAGCAGUCAGGGCUUCAAGCGGCAAUGGCUACGCUGGGAGUACACCUAAGCGGUCUGGGAGGACAGAAGCUCGAUGGACAGGUCGGGCUGAGGACAGUCUACUUGCGGAGGCUGCAGCACCCUCUUGGCGAUUAGGCGGCGCACGACGACGAUCGCACACAUCAACGGCCUGGCGUGCAGCGACAGCAACUACCGACCCGUCGCUCACACCCCUGAACGAGGUUCAAGUCCCCCUCAUCUCGCGAAAUCUCCGCGCCCAGCUCUUCCCUCCCGCCGGAUCCCCCUUCGCUCCUUCGCCUCCGUCCGCUGACGCUGUCCGGAUCUCUACCGAACACCUGCGGCAACACGAGCUCCUGCCGGACCCUGCCAAAGCACCCGUCAAGAAGCCGCCACCCGCCGUCGAGUUCGACUUGCCUCGACUGCAAGGUCCGACGCUCUCGCAUCACUUUCAUGCCCUCGGCCAGGACAUUGCCGAGCCGUACCUCUCGAUGGCCAAGUCGUUUGCCAAGGCGAAGACGCCGCCGAUGCCAGUUCAGCAGCACUGGACGCGCACGCCCGGCUGGACGGUCUACCACCCCGACGGAUCUUGCGAGAGCAUCGACUACCCGCCCGAGGAGGAACGGACGCUCGUCUUUGACGUCGAGACGAUGCCAUAUGCCGGUGGACAUUUUCCGAUCAUGGCGGUUGCGGUUGGCGAGAAAGGCUGGUACGGCUGGUGCAGCCCGUGGCUCAGCGGCGACGACGACAAGCCGAACCACCUCAUCCCCUUCGGGCCCAAGCGCAAGGACGGCCCGAGCUCCUCACUCACCUCAGACGACUUUGCCUCGCGCUCGCAACUCUUCGAGCGAUCCGACUCGCCUCCCCGCCUCCUCAUCGGCCACAACGUUCUCUUCGACCGCGCCCGUAUCGCGAAUGAGUACGACCUCCGUCGACCUUCGACACGGUACCUCGACACGCUCUCGCUCCACGUCUCCGUCAGCGGUCUGACGAAUCCGCAGCGACCUCUUUGGCUGAAGCAUCGCAAGGAGAAGGCCGAGGCGACGAAGAAGAAGGAGGCCGGCGAGGCUGGGGAGACUGUUAACGAGGACGACGGGUUUGACAUGCAGCCAUUGGACGAGGACGAUGUACUCCGUCGACAGGCGGCAAAGGAUCCGAGCGAGUCCAUCCUCUCGCGCGUCAAGUCGUCGACCAAGCGGAAGAUUCGUUCGGGAGGCGGCUCGGAUAGCGACCCCGACCUCGACUGGCGAGACGUAUCUUCGACAAACUCGCUCGCCGAAGUCGCUCGCCUGCAUUGCGGCAUUGAGGCCGACAAGACCUUGCGCGAAGUCCUCAUCGAUCCCUCGCUCGAGAUCAAGGACGCACGCGACUUUUUCAACGAGCUCAUAGACUACUGCGCCCGCGACGUCGACGUUACCCUACGAGUGUAUCGCGUCCUGCUCCCCAAGUUCCUCGAAUCCUGUCCUCAUCCCGUCACCUUCGCCGGCGUAACGCUCAUGAGCCAGCCUGUCCUCCCUGUCGACGAGAAGUGGCCUGCGUACGUCGAGCGCGCCGAAUCCGAGUAUCAGCGUCGUCUUGAGGGCGUCAACCAGAACCUCAAGGCCAUCGCCGAGGAGACCCGCGCCAAGUUCUACGAGAAGGACGAGUCGGGCAGGUUCGUCUGGGAGAAAGACCCGUGGCUGAGCCAGCUCGACUGGAGCCCGAAGAAGGCGAAGCGACUGCCCAAGGCCGUCCUCGCGCAGGUCAAGGCGGCGCAGCAGGCGGCGGAAGAGGCGGCGCGGUUGGCCGCGGAGGAGGUUGACAAGGAGGCGGAAGCGGAUGUCGAGAAGCAAAUCGACGUUGAAGAAGGCUCGGGCGAGCUACAGCAGCGGCCGGUGUGGGCGGAGGCGCUCGAAGACCUCGACCUUCACUCGAACCUCGUCCCGCUCCUCCUUGAGGUGUCCUGGCGCGGGUAUCCCGUCGUCAGUACGUCGAAAGGAUGGGUCUUUGCCGUACCCGAGGAGGAGUCGUUCGAACCGGCCACAGGCGAAACGCUCGUCGACCUUCCCGAAAUCGAGGCGGGUAGGCUGUCUGGUCUCGGCCCCGUUCGUUUCUUCCGUGUGGCCAGUCCUCGCGGAGCCGCAUCGACGAAGCGCCUAGCAUCGCCUGCAUUCGCCAAAGCCGUCGCCGCAGGGGUUCUCGCCAGUCCUUUCCACCAGUUCGAGGAACUCGUCAGCCUUCGGCCAUACGACUUCGAGACCACCCUGGGCGACAGGGUCCGCGCCAAAGUGCUCAAGCAAGCGGACAAGGCGUUGGCGCUCUUGGAAAACGAGCGCUACUCGAGCCCUUGGUUGCAGCAGCUCGACUGGACCACCGAGGCGAAGCCAGCACGCCGACCAUUGCAGCCAAAGUCGAAGCCUACGGCGACGAAGCGCCAAGACGCUGCCGGUGCUGCCGCUAUCUCGACGAACGUGAGCGCCGACCCGUCAGACCUCAUUUGGCCGCAGUGGUACUGGGACCUCGACUCGCGAACCAAGGGGCUCGACAUUACGAUCGGCAAGCGGGCGACGCCGCUCCUCCUCAGGCUCUGCUGGCUAGGGUACCCGCUGGCAUACUCGAAGAACCACGGCUGGAUGUACCGCGUGCCGGAGAAGGACUACGACAAGCUUCUCGCGGCCAAUGCCCAGCUCAGGCCGAUCAUAUUCGAUGAGCCGGAGGACGCCAGCUUCGCCGAGGACCGCGGCAACUUCUACUUCAAGCUACCGCACCCCGACGGCGAGGAGAAGAACGUCGGCAAUCCCCUCUCCAAGCCCUUCGUCAAGGCAUUCGAGAACGGCAUCCUCACCUCCGAGUACCCCAUCGCCAAGGCCGCGCUCGACCUCAACGCCUCGUGCAGCUACUGGAAGUCGUCUCGCGAACGCAUCACGGGGCAGAUGGUUGUCUGGGACGGCGACGCUCGGCAGGAAGCCCCUUCCCCGCAAGCUAUUGCGGCGGCGGCGGCCAAGGCCGACUCUCAGGGCCUCAUCCUUCCUCAGGUCAUCCCGAUGGGCACCAUCACGCGCCGCGCCGUCGAGCGAACAUGGCUCACCGCUUCGAACGCCAAGAAGAAUCGCGUCGGCUCGGAGCUGAAAUCAAUGAUCCGCGCUCCGCCGGGCUACGCCAUCGUCGGCGCCGACGUCGAUUCGGAGGAGCUGUGGAUCUGCAGCGUCAUGGGCGACGCUCAGUUUGGCAUUCACGGUGCGACCGCAAUCGGCUGGAUGGGCCUCGAGGGUACGAAGUCGGCCGGCACCGACCUUCACUCCAAGACGGCGAGCAUCCUGGGGAUUUCGCGCGACGACGCCAAGGUGUUCAACUACUCGCGAAUCUACGGCGCAGGCGUCGCCCACGCCGUCCAGCUCCUGCUCAAAUCGAAUCCGGCGCUGUCGAAGGAGGAGGCGACCGAUCUUGCCAAGAACCUGUACAAGGCGACCAAGGGCAACACCGACCGCAGUCCUACCUUUGAUCGCAAGUUCUGGCAUGGCGGCACCGAGUCGUUCGUCUUCAACAAGCUCGAAGAGAUUGCCAUGAUGGCGCGACCUCGGACGCCGGCUCUCGGCUGCGGACUCACAGCCGCUCUGACGAAGGAGUAUCUCAAGGCGGACGGGAUGAGCAAGGCGGGCGAAGGUUUCCUACCGUCGCGCGUAAACUGGGUCGUGCAGUCUUCCGGCGUCGACUACCUCCACCUCCUCAUCGUCUCGAUGGAGUACCUCUGCAAGCGCUUCGAAAUCGACGCGCGUUACCUCAUCUCGGUGCACGACGAGGUCCGGUACCUCGUCAAGGAGGACGACAAGUAUCGCGCCGCCCUGGCUAUGCAGGUCGCUAACCUCUGGACGCGCUCACUCUUCGCGUACCGCCUGCAAAUGGGCGACCUCCCCCAGGGCUGCGCCUUCUUCUCCGCCGUCGAUGUCGACUCGUGCUUCCGCAAGGAGGUCUUCAUGACUUGCGAGACGCCUUCGAACCCAGAAGCGAUCCCUCCCGGCGAGUCGCUCGAGAUUGUGGAUACGCUCGAGAAGACUGCCGGCACCCUCUUCGCCGACGGACGGCCAAUGGUCGAAGGCGAAACGACUCUGCCUUCCCUCAAGCUCAAACACGAGCUUCUCCCGGGCGAGGUCAUGGGCGACCAUCACCGCGUCUUGGCGACGGAGUUCCUCGAGGCUCAGGCGACCGCGUCGCAGGCUGUAAUUCGCCGCCUCUUUCAGCAGUACAAGGAGAACGAACGGAGGGCUAGGCUGGGUCUUCCGCAGCAGUCGAGCAAGGCUCCGCAAUCGUCGCGGCGCGCCAUACCAACACCUCGGCACGUCGAAGCGGAGGACGACAGGCCACCGCCCGUGCCCGGCCAACGCUGGGACGCCUUCGACUUUGACGACCCGGAACUCAUGCCGACCAUGUCGCGCUCGUACGGGAGCUCACGUUAG